UCACAGAUUAGUUGCGUUCGGAAUAUCAUGACGUUUGGAUGUCUUACGCGGUCCGUUCGUGUAUAAAAGAAUUUAAAUAAACAACAUUUUAAUUACUUAAACUAACUGCCAAAUAUAAAUUGAGUUUGAUAGUGCAAUUAGAUACGGCUUCAAAUAGAUAACGAAACAGUUCAAGUUCAUGGUCGCCGUACCAAUCUUUUGAAUGUGCACUGUCACUUGUCAACUUUUUGUCAACUUGUCAGUCGGUCAGUCGAUGACGUUCGGUUUGAACGUGUGCUAAAAAAUCUACCGGUCCGCGAGCGAUUCGUUUGUAAUUGCGUUAAAUAAAUUACUUAUUAUCUUAUUACACUUGUACGUCGUUUGUACGAGUAGCGAGGAGAUGGCCGCUCACCGCCGGACACUGUGAUUCUUUGCCGCUGUUGUAUAUUUAGAAAAAAAAAGUUGCGAAACUCGGCGAGCCGCUGUAUUCGCAUUGUUUUGAUAUUUCAGUUUUCUGUGUUAAAAGUUUAGAACAUUCUGGUGAAAAUGAAGAACCCUCACGGCAAGGAGGAGACUUCGGACGAGGAGUCUGGGCUUGGCUACCAGAAUACGUUGAUGUAUGGUCGCUAUCAACGCGACCUAAGCGAAGCAGCAAGAGAAGAAGCAAGAAGACUGAGAAGACUACGGAAGAAGAGAAGAAAAGACGACAAACUCCGGCAGAAGGAGUUGGAAGCAAGCGGCAAACACAGACCUCGGGGGAAGUUCUUUAAAGUAUUAGGCUAUGUGUGGAGGCACACGUUCGCUCGGCUGGGCGAGGACUGGGUCUUCCUGGCGCUGCUGGGCAUCAUCAUGGCGGUCGUCAACUUCGCCAUGGACAGGGGCAUCGCUGUCUGUCAGAAUGCCCGCAUGUGGAUGUACAAGGACCUGGCGACGUCUACGUUCAGCCAGUACGUGGCCUGGGUGUCGCUGCCGGUCUGCCUCAUACUGUUCGCCGCUGGAUUCGUGCACAUAGUCGCUGCACAGAGUAUAGGUUCAGGUAUACCUGAAAUGAAGACCAUCCUCCGAGGAGUGCACCUGAAGGAGUACCUCACGUACAGGGCCAUGAUAUCCAAGAUUGUUGGGCUCACUGCCACUCUGGGGUCCGGUCUACCGCUGGGUAAAGAGGGCCCAUCAGUGCACAUAGCAUCGAUGGUGGCGACGCUCCUCUCGAAGCUGGUGACGACCUUCCAAGGGAUCUACUCCAACGAGUCGAGGACCAGUGAGAUGCUGGCUGCGGCCUGCGCUGUGGGAGUCGCCUCGUGCUUCGCUGCUCCCGUCGGAGGUGUCCUAUUCUCAAUAGAAGUAACGACAACAUACUUCGCCGUGCGAAACUACUGGCGUGGCUUCUUCGCGGCUUGCUGCAGUGCUAUUAUGUUCCGACUACUAUCAGUAUGGUCUGGCGCGAUGCCGACAGUGAAGCCUCUGUUCCCCACGAACCUGCCCCAAGACUUCCCCUUCGAUCCUCAGGAGUUUGCUGUCUUCGUGCUGCUGGGUAUCGUAAGCGGUCUACUAGCGGCGCUGUGGGUGUUCCUCCACCGACAGUACGUGCUUUUCAUCAGGAACACCAAGUCACUCAGCAACUUCUUGCAGAAGAAUCGUUUCAUCUACCCCGGCUUCAUAACUCUAGCAGUAAUGUCCAUUCUGUUCCCGCCGGGCAUCGGAAAAUACAUGGCGGCUGAUUUAGGGAACCAAGAACAGGUGCUGUCCCUGUUCUCGAACUUCACAUGGACGGACUCGCUGACGGCGGAGCAGGCCGCCGUGGUGUCGCACUGGCAGACCCUCGACGUCGACCACUUCGGCUGCCUCAUCAUAUACUUCUUUUCCAUUUUCUUCCUAAGCUUGGUAUCGUGUACGCUGCCGGUGCCGGCCGGUAUCUUCGUGCCGGCCUUCAAGAUGGGAGCCUCGCUGGGUCGGUUCACCGGGGAGGUCAUGCACUACUUCUGUCCCCUCGGGGUCGCCUACGGGGGGCAUAUACAGAAGAUAUUGCCGGGAGGCUACGCGGUAGUAGGCGCGGCCGCGUUCACCGGCGCCGUCACUCACACCGUCUCCACUAUUGUCAUCGUCAGCGAGAUGACUGGACAGGUGACCCACCUGCUGCCAAUAAUGGCGGCGGUGCUGGCCGCCAACGCGACGGCCUCGCUGCUGCAACCGUCCUGCUUCGACAGUAUCAUACUCAUCAAGAAACUGCCCUACCUGCCCGACCUGCUGUCCUCUGCUAGCCGUAUGUACGACAUCUGCGUGGAAGACUUCAUGGUGCGCGAUGUCAAGUACAUCUGGAACAGGAUGAGCUUCCAGCAGCUCAAAGACCUGCUCAAGGAGAAUAAGACAAUAAAAAGCUUCCCCCUAGUGGACAGUCCAUCGUCCAUGGUUCUCCUGGGCUCCAUCCACCGCUGGGAGCUGGUGAAGGUGAUUGAGAAGCAGGUCGGCCGGGACAGGAGGCUGCAGAUCGCCGCGCUGUGGCAUCGGGAGGCCGAGCUUAGGAGGAGGGACGAGGAGGCUCGGAAGAAAGUUAGGAGGCCUUCUAGGUUUGAGGUGACUCCAGCUCCAGAUAUGCUGCAAGUACCAGGCACCGGUAUGACGAGAGGAUCCUCACUCACCACCAAAGACCAGGGAGGACUUAUACCUCCCCCCGGGCAGCUGUUCCGUCCGAAGUCGAUCCUGAAGAAGACGAACUCGUUCACCCUGUCGCGGGGGCUGGGCCCCGCCCACAGCGCCCCCCACACCCCCAGCACGCCGCAGCCCUCCGUCUACACCACUGUUACGGGCGCUGAGACCAGGAUCCGAGCAGCGUUCGAGGCGAUAUUCAAGCGUUCCACCCUCCUGCAAGACGUGGAGGGAGGGCUGCCGGACCAACUCAGUCCCACAUCGCUACCUAGGAGCCCGUCCAUCAAUAAGAAAGUGCAGCUGCCACGAGAGCGAGUAUGCGACAUGUCCCCCGAGGACCAGAAGGCGUGGGAGCAGAUGGAGAUGGCGAAGGAGAUAGACUUCGACAGAAUGCUGCAGAUCGCCAGGAAGCGAGACAUGCACCCUGACGACCCGGAGUACGAGGACGAGAACCUGUACAUCUGCCACAUCGACCCCGCGCCCUUCCAGCUGGUGGAGAGGACCUCGCUGCUCAAGGUCCACUCGCUGUUCUCCACCCUGGGCGUCAGCAGAGCAUACGUGACUGCCAUCGGACGACUGAUCGGUGUCGUGUCGUUGAAAGAGCUCCGUAAAGCGAUAGAAGACGUGAACUCGGGCGCGCUGACGCUGGCCAACCGGCCCGAGCCGCCGGUCGCAGUCCCCACCACCAUCAAGGUGGUGUCCACCAUGCCUGCGCCGCCCUCCGACAGCGAGACUGCCAAGCUCACCGCGCCUGGAGACCAUUGAACCACUCCAGGUCCAACCAGGUGAUCAUUUCCCAAAAUGAGGUUUUUCUUGACACUUGUAGUCAAAAAGAGGUUUUUGUUGACACAAUAAGUCAUGAACAGGUAACUGUCUAAGCUUUUGUUGAUAUGUAGACCUGUUUUGUGAUGUGACAGUUAAUUGUUUUUUAGUCGAUAAAACUAUAUUUGAUGUUUUUUUUUGGUCUGAUCAAGUACCUAUCACACUUAGGUGAGAGUCAGAAUUUUAUUUAUUUUUUCUUGAUUGCAGUAUAAAAGCUAUAUUUAUUAUUACUGCGGUCUUAUCCUAUGGCAGCUACUGAUAUCAGAUACAUGCAAAGAACCUUUUUUAUUAUUUAUAACUUUAACUGUCGCAUCAAACAAUCCUGUUUCACCUUUCAACGUUGUAAAAAAACCUCUAUCUAUAUUUAACUUUGACUAAGUCAGUCUUAGUUUAAAACUAAGGAAUUAAAAAGACAUUAUAUAAACAGUUACAACUAAACUGUAUGCUAUAAUAAUAAUUCGAAUCCGUGACUUAGGCUUGGGAAGUAUUCCUAAACAUAAGAACUUGAAAUGGGAAAAUUCCCAUUCAGAGGUUCUUCAAGAACCCUUUUCGGUAAGUAUUGUAGGUUUUAGUAGAAUUUUUUCGCGAAUACUCAGCAUAUUUUGAGUAGAGAGUAUUUUGUAGUCACAAUUUUAAUGUGUAGACUAUGUGGCAUGCUUUUGCAAAUUCGGUCGUUAUUUUUUUAAAUAAGUUAUUGAGGCUCGAAGCCAUAGGACGAUAAAAUAAGUUCUUUCUUAGGUUAGUGUGGUAAGUUCCUUAAAAAAGUGAUUUUUGAAAAAUUCUGUGGCUUAGAAACAUCUGUGAUGGACUGAAAGUCAAAAUUCUAUGUGAUCAAAAACUCCCCUUGUCCAAAGAUUAGCAAAUUGGAAUGGGAAUUUUCCCAAUUUCAGGUUCUUUUCCUAUUGAUAGGAAUUUUCCCAUUAGAUUAAAAAGUUAUUGAGAAUUACUCUCACUGUGCAUAAUUUAAGACUUGUCACGCAAAGACAUAUCGAAGCGAUUAUUUUUACAUUAUUAUGUAAAAUUUACUGUAAACGUCACAAUUACGUAAAUAUAUACUUUAUUACGUUGUAAGUAGGUGUAUUUUUGAUAGAUAUUUUUAAUAUUAGAUGGUGCUUCCUGCAAGAGAUUAGUAGCAAAUAUGAUGAGCGAAUUGAUAUUCUAUUUGGUCUUAGCUAAGGAGGAGUUUUGAGCAAUUUUUGAUGUAGAAAGCAAUAUUUAUUAUAGUCGUAAUUUAUUUGAAAUCAUGUGGAAAAUGUGACCAAUCAACAGCAAGUCCACCUAACCUGAUCUGUCAAACCAUUAUCAACUCUAUCGUGUUGUUAAUAAGGUUAAAAAUUCAUUGACAGAUUGGUUAGCUUGACAUGCGUCUGUGUUCUGUUCGUUGAUUGGUCAAAAUUGCUUAUAUACUCCUUUUAAGGUAUUGGACCUUUUAUAUAAACAAAGCAAUAAUACUGUAAGUACAUUGCUUGAACUUAGUGCCUUAGAUUUUCGAUAUUUUUUAGUUAUGUACAGGCUGUUGUUGUAUUUUUAAAUUUUAUUUAACUAUACACCCCCCACUGUGAUCAAACAAAAAUAAAUAUACACAAAACCGUCUUUUUGACGUCCAAAAAACAUAUUAAAAUCGUUACUUGUUAGCAAUAGAUGUUAAAACUUGUUUAGUAUUGCCAGUGUGAAUAUUUACAGUGUAUUUUUUUACUGGCAACCCCGUCAAAGGCCCUACAACGCCUGUACAUUAGACCAAAUUUUUACCCCAAGGCUUGUGAUCGUCCAUUCAUUCCAAAAGUGUUGUUUCCUAGUUGUUAAGUUAUAAUUAUUAUUUAAUAUAGUUACAUUAAUAUAUCUGCCAGGAGUCUUAUACAUUUGUGUCCAGAAAUACAUGUGUUUUUGUAAAUACUGGGUUUCGUAUUCAGUGUAGUAAAAAUAUCAUACUGUAUCAUCCGUUAAUUCGUAUUAAAAUCUUUAUACGUACAUAAUUUAAUUUGAGUUAUUGAGAUUUUCAAAUUAAAUUUGUCAAUAGUAAAACUUAUUACGUCUUUUAUUAUUAUUAUAUUUGCUGUUUUACAAUAGUUCAUUUCUGUAUACCCCUUCGGGUAAUAGCAAGCGAUAUGUUAAGUAUGUUUCAUAUAAGAGGCUAUGUUUAAACCAGGAUAUUUAUUUAGAUAUUUUUCUAAUCAUGAUAUUGAAACCCAGUAAAUAAUAUUUUGUGCCAUUGAGUGUAGUAUAAACGUGCCAUAAUAUCAUUGGCUCAAGUAUACAUAUAUAGAGGGACAUUCACUAUGAGUAUUCGAAUAUAGACAAAAAUAUGUAGCAAUACUAAAAAAAACUUUAUACAACUUCAAAAAAAAAAGAAAGCAAAAUCCAAGAAAAUUUUGCUUUACUUUUAGUAGCGGUUCUUUUAAAAAAAGUAUGUGUUUUCUUCCUUAUUGUUUUACAAAUACAAGAACAUUCUUUCUACUACGAUAUUUUCUUUUGAAAAUCACAUCAUCACACAUCAACAGCCUAUAAGGGCCCACUGUUGACCAAAGGUUUUUCUCACACGGAGAAAGUAUUUCAAUUCGUCGAGCUUUGAAAAUCCUAUCAUGCAUAUUCAUUAACACUUUUAGUAAUUUUGAAUAAAAUUUGUCACCACAUAAUACACAAUUUUCCGACUAUUUUUGUUCCUCAUAGUGAAUAAACCUCUAAAAAAGUAAUAUGUCUCUAAAACAAUGGUUGUAACCCAACAUAUCUUUGUAAGUCCGUCCCAAGGAUAAAAUAAUAAUAAUUUUCAUGUUAUACAAAAUUGUGUUUUUGUUAUAUAACUGCUGUUGUGUUUGCUUUUCUCGUAUAACUGACUAUAAUUUUUAUAUAACUUUUGAAACUGUCUUUAUUAUGUGUGUAUUGUAAUUUAUAUAAAUGUUUUCUUACUUACUUUGACUGUACUUUUGGCUAGACUCAUUUAAAAUGGACUCGAAAAGCUUCAAAUAUUAUUUUCAUUGUUAAUCGUUUUGAUUAAUUUAAAUAAACAAAGUAGCUAAAGUGAAUAACUGCAAGUGUAGUUGCUCAACCUACAUACAUACAUCCUAUGCUUUAAAAAGUAUAAUAGAAAAUUCUAGAAUAACCUAUCACAUUACGUAUCAAAUAGAGUAUAAAUGGCUACUGCUGCAGCAAAGAACUCUUCCCAGACGGCGAAAGUUAGAGCAUUAUUCACCACGCUUGCUUAAUCCAGGUUGGGCAUAUACAUAUGCACUAUAAGGCCAUAAUUUUUCACGAUGUUUUCCUUCACCGUCUGUGCUCUCCUCUGGAUUUAAAAAAAUUAAAUAUUGAGUUGAUUUUAAAACUGAGUCUAGCCAAAAAGACAUUUAAUUUAAUCAGUAAUAAUAACAAAUACUAUGACAUAACUAUCUUCACUGUCCUAGCUUAUUCUAAUACUGACAUGUGCAAACAAUAGAUCAAUGUACUCUUAAUUGUUUUUAUAGAUUUUUAACUUUAUUACCAAGUGAUAGAGUCGAGAAUCUAUUGAAACAUUUUAACAUUUUGGGGUAUCUUGAUGUGCUGUUGUGUGUUAUAAUUUUAUAAAAAGCAAAUUAUGAUCAGCAGUCCUAUUAAUACUGUAAUAGACUCCAAAAUCUUUCGGACAUGCUUGUAUCCUCAAAUUCUGUGAUUUUUAAUAAUAUUAUUUAAUAAAUAAUAAUAUAAUAAUAUACAAGAAAACGAGAGUGUUGUCUGGUCUCCCUCUUUAAUUAAUUCGUGUUUUAUUGUGAUUCGGUUGUUAUGAAGUAAUUUGGUUGUUUUAUACAAUAAAAGUUGUCUAUUUAUAUUUAUUUCUAUGCUAUUGCAUGGAAAACUUAUUCUCUUUCUUUAAUCAAUUACAUGAAUCUAAAUAAUGAAUUUAAACAUUUAUGUGUACGAUGGUGUAAACGGAAUGUUCCUGAAACACGCUACAUUAUUUUUUGUUUUUAUAGUUUUAAUCGUUUAUGUUUUCGUAUUAUUCAUGCAACAUCAGCCUUAAACAGUUGCUUACAUAAAAUAAACAUUGAAUACCUUAUUUAUUUGAAAAUAACGUUUUUAACCAUCACCUGUUUGCGUUUAGGAACGUUCCCUUAUAUAAAGUUUAUUUUUAUUUUUUUUAUUUUUUUAGUUAAGUUUAUGUAUUAAAUAGUCUCACUUCCUAUUGCAAAUAUGUAACUAAUAACAUAACUAGUGAAAAUUAAUUGUUACAUUUGUUAUACAACUUUCAAAAUCAAACUAUCUGUUGUAUAAAAACAACCAAAAUACUUACAUAAACCGAGUAAAUGUUAUAUAAAAAAGUAUUUUAAUAUAAAUGGAUGGUUUGCACGUACGUUUAGUUGUAAGUAAUGUAGACCCGCCUACUGGCUGUAUACUGUAUAGUGAUGCAUUUCCUUUGUGAUCUGUGGCUAAUGAAAUAUUCUACAAUAUUAAACGUGUUCUGUGUCGUUAUA